UUUGGCUCGUAAGGUUGUGAAUGUUCCUUAUUUGUGAAGAUCGUUGUCACCCUUAUUUGUUUCCAAAUAAGUAGACUGAAAGUGGACUGAAUAGGUUAUUUUAAUAAAAAUUGCAUCUACAGCAUCAUCACAAGAUCAAGACCUUAAUUUAAUUUAAUCAUAACAUAAUAUAUUCACAUUGAAUUGAAAACGUGAAUAUCCGCUCCAUCUUGAAUGAGGAACAAGAAGCGAGUAUGUGCUCCUCUAUUCCUCUACUGGUCCUGCAUGCGGUGGUGAUCCGUCUCUCAUCAGGACAGCAGUAUGCAGCGACUCCUCUUUCCCAGGUCCCGUUUGCGGCCGUCUGGAAUGCCCCGACGGCCAACUGCAAAUCUCGCUUCGGCGUGGAGCUGGACCUGGGGGUGUUCAACAUUGUCCGAAACCGGAACCAAAGCUUCAUGGGAGACAACAUAACCAUAUUCUACGCAGAUAAACUAGGGCGCUAUCCCAAAUACAACCAGGGGGUGGCGAUCAACGGCGGUGUGCCGCAGAACGCCAGCCUGGCCGACCACCUCAGGGCGGCGGCCCGGGACGUCGACGCCGACAUCCCCGACCGGGACUUCGUGGGCCUGGCCGUGGUGGACUGGGAAAGCUGGAGGCCGUCGUGGAAGAGGAACUGGGACACCAUGGAGGUGUACUGGCAGGGCUCCAGGGCACUGGUGAGGUCCAAACACCCCGACUGGAGUCCGGCUCAGGUAGAGGUCGAGGCCGUCAAAGAGUUCGAGGCCGGCGCCCGUGACUUUAUGGAGGGAACGCUGAGGCUGGCGGAGAAGGAGCGGCCGGGCGGUCUCUGGGGCUUCUACGGCUUCCCCGGCUGCUACAACUACUACAGCCGCAAAGACGCCAACUACACGGGCGCCUGCCCUCCUGUGGAGCUCCAGAGGAACGACCGGCUCUCCUGGCUCUGGAACGUCUCCACGGCCCUGUACCCCGAGAUCUACCUGGACAUCCGUCUGCGGGAGCUCCACGAGGAGGUUCUGCUGUACAGCCACCACCGCAUCAUGGAGGCCAUGAGGGUGGGGGCGCAGCGGGGGCCCGCCAUGGCCCCUGUGGUCCCGUACGCCCGCAUCGUCUACACCUACUCCCUGGAUUUCCUCCCUCAGGAACAUCUGGUGUACACCAUCGGAGAGAGCGCCGCCGUGGGAGCCGCAGGAGUCGUGCUCUGGGGAGACAACCUGUUUGCAAAAUCCAAGGCUAAUUGUGAAACGAUUAAGGCCUACAUCGACAAGACCUUGGGCCACUACCUGGUGAACGUCACGUCUGCGGCCGCUCUGUGUAGCCAGGCCAUGUGUUCAUCCAGGGGCCGAUGCCAGAGGAGGGAGCCCUCCUCCCGGGCAUACCUCCACCUCGACCCCGCAUUCUGGAAGGUGGUGUCUGAUGACAAGCCCGGAGGAGGGAGGACUUACAGAGUGCUGGAACAGCCAGAGUCCAGGCAGGCGCUGAACAUGGGGUCCAAGUUUAAAUGUGUGUGCUACUCUGGCUGGGCUGGGGAGAGCUGCGCCAAACCACUUUAACGCACUGCAAUAUCGGCUCCAAGGGGGAAAGAGUUGGACCCAGGUUCUUUUGCACAAUCCUGCUAAUUGUGGGUGUUUGUUUUUGAUUGUAUGUCAUGGCAGAGCAGCGGUAUAGUUUUGCCUAGCCUAGGUUUGUCACAUGUAGUCCUGGCUGACCCGACGGCCGUUAUUCACUAAGGCACUAAAUGUGAGUUACUUGCCCCAUAUGAAUGUUGUUACACAAAGCAUUACUUUCAACAGUAAACUACAACUUGUUGUUUCUUCCACAUGGAACUCUUUUUUUAUUUUAUAUUACACACAACCACAUUCAAUUGUCAUAAAUAUUUGGCCUGUUAAGCCCUUUGAGACUGUACAUGUGAUUAAGGGCUAUACAAAUAAAAUUGCCUUGACUUGAA